GCGAGCCGAAAGAGGCUGUCGUCAUACGUAGAAGGCUGGAUCAUAUACUUAACCGGAGGGGGCGGGGGGGUUUCAGAGAUGGCGGCCUUGCUGUGCCGGGGUGCGUGGGGAAGUCCUUCUGGGGUUUUGCAGAGUUUGGCAAAAAAUAAAGUACAGCCAGUCAGUUGGAUUCGGCAGAAAUUUACAAGAUCACGUAUUCCUGAAUCGGUAUUUCAGCCACGACCUGGUGAUCAUGAAAAAUAUGGUGGCGAUCCAGAGCAGCCUCACAAACUUCACCUUAUCUGUAGGAUCAGAAGUGGAAGAAGGCGUCCUUAUUGGGAAAAGGAUAUGCUAACGUAUUUUGGAUUGGGAAAGCGGUUCGAGCCUGUAGUGCACAAAAACAUUCCUUCUGUGAAUGAAAAACUGAAGGUCAUCAAACACCUAGUAAGCAUCAAGCCAUUAAAGUUACCCCAUGGAAUUCCAACUGAAGAGGAGAUGUCUGAUUGUUAUCUUAACAGUAAAGGAGAGCUAAUAAUUCGCCGUCGUCUACAACCAGUGGAACAGAAAACCAUAGACUCAUCGUAACAUGCAGUAAAUUUGUAUAAUAAAUAUAAUCUUACACUGAAAACUAUGUUAACAUUGUU